GCAACCUGCUCAAAACCCGCGGUUUUAAAUACAGUUAGGGUUUCCAUCUUCCUGGAGUUAAAGCGGGUGAGUAAGGCGAGGCGGCGGCUGAGGCGCGAGAGGGCGAGAGGCAAUCUUCGCUUAUCUGCCGCAAUGGGUAUCUCCAGAGAUUCCUUGCACAAGAAGCGCGCCACUGGAGGCAAGAAGAAGGCGUGGAGAAAGAAGAGGAAGUACGAGCUGGGCCGGCAGCCGGCGAAUACUAAGCUUUCAAGCAACAAGACGGUGAGGAGGGUUCGAGUACGCGGAGGUAAUGUGAAGUGGAGGGCUCUUCGUUUAGAUACAGGAAACUAUUCUUGGGGAAGCGAGGCUGUGACCCGCAAGACUAGAAUCCUCGAUGUGGUCUAUAAUGCUUCGAAUAAUGAGCUUGUGAGGACGCAGACUCUUGUGAAGAGUGCUAUAGUGCAGGUUGAUGCUGCCCCUUUUAAGCAAUGGUAUCUUCAGCACUAUGGUGUUGAGCUUGGUAGGAAGAAGAAGGCCGCUUCUGCAUCUAAGAAGGAUACUUCUGAGGCUCAAGAGGGUGAAGCCACCGCCCCAGAAGAGGCAAAAAAGAGCGGCCAUGUCGAAAGGAAGCUGGAGAAGCGGCAACAAGGCCGCACUCUCGACCCACACCUGGAGGAGCAGUUCGGCGGUGGACGUCUACUUGCCAGCAUCUCGUCGCGCCCCGGCCAAUGUGGCCGAGCCGACGGUUACAUACUUGAAGGCAAGGAACUGGAGUUCUACUUGAAGAAAAUCCAGAGGAAGAAAGGCAAGGGUGCUGCUGGUGCUGGAGCUGCUUAGUGACUUGGCUAACCUUUUCUUAUGCUACUUUGUGCUUCCUGCAGCAUCUGAAAUAUUAUUUUUUCACAGAAUUCGUUUGGGACAGCUUUUGAACUGUUUUUUAAAUUGUCUUUCAUAUUACAAAGGUUUCAAAUUCAAGAAAUUUUUAUACUAAGAAGCUAUUUUUAAAAGCAAGAAGAAAGCCGUCCCAAACGAAGCUUUAAUCUGUCAACUUUUUUGUUUAUUUAUUCCCUAAGAUGUUUUAUUUUUCAACUUUUUGUAGAACAGAACAAACGAACCAAGUUUACUUUGUUGAUUUCUUUAUGAGGUUGGUUUUGUUAUUUUAUUAA